GCACCCUCUGCACAAUUGAACCGCUGCCUGUCCCAACGCUUUCCUCUUCCAUCCUCCGGUCACUCUAUUCUCUUCAAAAGCCAAAAAUGGAAUCCUCCAAGCACCAGUCAUGGAAGAUCUCCGUCCAUGCCAGAUCCAAGGGUGUCGACUUCCGCAUCGACGCUUCCAACAUCCUCCCACACUGGGGCAAAGGCGGCGAGAAGAUCUCCCUCUUCCUUCGUCUCUUCCGCUUCUUCUCCCUCAAAGCGGAAUCAAAAAACCGAAACCCCCCAAGAAAAACCAAGCGGAAAUCGAAGCUAUCCCACUUCCUGGGAAACAUCUUUCCCCGGCCCAGAGAAUUAAUCAGAAACAAGCUUGCCACCAAGAAGAGAUUACAAGUUCGGAGCGCCAAAAUCGGUGCUCCACCAACUAAUGGCUGCCACCAUCCGUGCCAGGUGUAUUUGUUCGAUAUACAGGAUAUGAUGGUGGCGACGAUGGCAAGUCUUUGCCUUCUCUCACAUUCAACAGUAGAAAAGGAUGGUGGUGGAAUUAUAGUACAUGCACUGGCUUUCAUCUUUUGCCUGGUAUUUCUGCUUAAAAAGAGGAAAACCCAUUCUGAUUUGUUCUGGGCCACAAGUUUGGUUUCGGUAGCUGGGUUUUGUAUGAGUUUUUUGAGUUACAUGGGUCUUGUUGCGAAGGCUGCUUGGAGGGUGUGGAAUGUCAGCAUCUCUCUUGGCUGUUCGUUUGCUUUCUGUCAAGUUAUGUUGUCAAGGACUUCACUAAUCAUUGAGACGAGAAGGAUGAUACUGCUCAUUGUUUUGGUUUUGCUGCCAUCUUUCUUUUGCAAGGUUGGUGAGCCUAAGUACCUCGACACACUGGGAGUGUACUUAUCUUCAGCAUACUCAUUGGUGAAGGGGAUCUGUAAUAUUUUGGUACCAUAUAUUUCAACAGAACAAUUCCAUAUGUGAAGGAUGAAUUCCUGAUAUAGAGGUAUCAAGUCGUGAUGUUGCUUGAAACUGUACUUGACGUGGCAGAGACCGCAUGCAUGAAGACUGAAGAUUGAAUUGUUAUGUAUGAAGAUUGCAGCAACGUGAAAAGUUGAAACCGAAGUGGCAAAUUAUUGAAAAUUGUUGUAGAGUUGGACUUGAUUUUGAUACACUGUAAAGGAUAGAAGAAGAGAGUAUUACUAUUAUGUUGCAUGAACUCUGCAUUAUCACUAAAUACAAUCAUGUACUUGAGUUCUCAAUGUGCAUGAAAUGUCAUAAAUUUAAUGAAAACCUUGGACCUUCUA